AGUAAAUUCAUCGCAACUACCCGUCCAGUCGUCCACGCACCAGAGUAUCAGAGACGACCGCCAUUGCCCCCCGUGUCGAACACGGGGCGUAAAGUCCUUCGAGAUCUCGCUUCUGCAAGCUUCCGCGCCGGCGCGGUGGGUGAUAUGAACCCCGCUCCGGUGGCGAACGGCGCCGCGGCCGGCGCUGGCGUGGGCAUGAACCGGCUGGGCGGUAGGUUGUGGUACGCGGCCGCCGGCGCCCUCAUCGUGGCGCUCCUCGCCGUGGCCGUGAGCUACCGCAGCUUCCCGGACAUCCCUUCGUCGUCUCCUGGAAGCUGCGGCUGCCCGGCUGCGAGGAAGUACACGGGGAUGGUGGAGGAUUGCUGCUGCGACUAUGAGACGGUGGACGCCAUCAACGAGGAGGUCCUGCAUCCAAUCCUACAGGAACUCGUUAAGUUGCCCUUCUUUAGGUACUUCAAGGUUAAAUUGUGGUGUGACUGCCCUUUUUGGCCCGAUGAUGGAAUGUGCAAGCUUAGAGAUUGUAGUGUUUGUGAGUGCUCAGAGAAUGAGUUCCCCGAACCAUUCAGGAAACCUUACAGUGGACUUUCUCCAGAUAGUAUGAUGUGCCAAGAAGGAAAACCACAGGCUGCAGUUGAUAAAACACUUGACAGCAAGGUUUUCAAAAGAUGGGUUGAAACUGACAAUCCGUGGACAUCUGAUGACGAGACUGAUAAUAAUGAGAUGACUUACGUGAAUCUUCAACUGAAUCCUGAACGAUACACUGGCUAUACCGGUGAUUCAGCAAGGAGGAUAUGGGAUGCUAUUUAUAAAGAGAACUGUCCAAAAUAUCCCUCUGAAGAACUGUGCCAUGAGAAGAAGGUAUUGUACAAGCUUAUUUCAGGGUUGCACUCCUCAAUCUCGGUGCAUAUUGCUUAUGAUUACCUUCUUGAUGAAUCUACUAACUCAUGGGGACAAAAUCUUUCUUUGCUGUAUGACCGUGUCCUGAAGUACCCAGAACGUGUCCAGAAUCUAUACUUCACCUACCUGUUUGUUCUUCGAGCCGUGACAAAGGCAGCAGAUUAUCUUGAGCAGGCUGAGUACAAUACUGGCAAUCCUGAAGAUGACUUGAAAACAGAAUCUCUUGUGAAGCAAUUGCUUUACAAUUCCCAGUUAAGAUCUGCAUGUCCAUUGCCUUUUGAUGAAGCCAAACUCUGGCAAGGUGAAAAUGGUCCUGAGCUAAAGCAAGAGAUUCAGAAGCAAUUUAGAAACAUUAGUGCAAUUAUGGACUGUGUUGGAUGCGAGAAGUGCCGACUGUGGGGAAAGCUCCAAGUUCUUGGCCUUGGAACUGCUCUGAAAAUUCUUUUCUCCGUUGAUGGAGACAGCCAUUUGAAUCAGCCGUUGCAGCUGCAGCGAAAUGAGGUCAUUGCAUUGUUCAAUCUUCUGAACAGGCUCUCAGAGUCUGUCAAAUUUGUACAUGAAAAAGGAUCAUCAGUCGAAGAAGUCAUCAACGAACAGAGCCCUUCAACUGUUCAAAAGGGUGCUUCCAAGACGAAUCUUAAGGGCUUGUUCGGUUAUUCCCAAUACACAUGGAUUGGAUGGGAUUGAAAAAAAUUGUGAAGAAGUUUGACUUGUUUGGGAUUCAAACCCAUCCAAUCCCGCUCAAUCCACAUGGAUUGAGAGCUAACCGAACAAGCCCUAAACUGGUACCCCCACCCCUCCCCGGCUUUGUAUUGUUUCUUGCAUUCAUCGCUCGUAAUCUUUCGUUAUUGAUUCUUCCGCAGGACUUCCUCUGAGAUGUAAGGGUGUAAUUUGUAGUUAUAGAAGGACACGCUGGAAGAUUAACAUAGAUAUGCACGGAUAUACCGAAAGAUUAACAUGCGCUGGCCGUA